CCUCACACUUCCUGAAAUGCAGGUUUGCAAAGUUUACCUGAGUCUCUCCGUUUCUCUCUAAAGAAACUUUCUACCAAUCAGCAGCUUUUUCUCAGCAACACAGGAGAAUACAGUGGCGUAUAAUAACAUCAUCACAAUCUCCACAUUAAUAUGCACUAACUUGUGUACAUUUGACAUAGGAUGAUGCCCAGAGCUUCCCCAGUUAAUGACUUACAUCUACAGUCUUUUCCACUCAGAUGUUAUGUUUGAAUGUGAACAUUAGAAGAAGAAAUCUACGUAGAGUGUCGAUAUGUCUGCUGCCAGCUGUCUGCUGACUGAAGACCAGUUCCUGUGCUCCAUCUGUCUGGAGGUGUUCACUGAUCCAGUCACCACACCAUGUGGACACAACUUCUGUAAAACCUGCAUCAAUAAACACUGGGAUACUGAUGUUCCCUAUCAGUGUCCCAACUGUAAAGAGGUUUUUAACAUCAAACCUGAGCUGAAGGUCAACACUUUCAUCUCUGAGAUGGCUGCUCAGUUCAGACAGUCAACUCGUGAAGUCUACUCAGGAUCCAAAAGAAAGACCUGGAUGUUCUUCCUGCUGUGUCUGCUGUGUGUCUUCAUAGCCUGGAAGGUUUCAGACCAAAAGAAACAUCUUGUUGGUCCUCAGAAGGAAGAAUAUGAAGCAAAGAAAGCAGAACUGUGGAAGACAGGGGCUGAAAUUCUGCAGAUGAUCCAGAAGAGAUGGCUGAAGAUUCAGGAGAUCAAACACUCAGUGGAGCUCAGUGAUGAAGAUGCUGAGAGAGAGAUAGCAGAAGGUGUUCAGGUCUUCAGCGCUCUGAAGGAGUCUGUUGAGAGAAGCCAGGCCGAGCUCAUCAAGACGAUCCAAGAGAAGCAAAGAAGGACAAAGCAACCAGCUGAAGGCUUCAUCACAGAGCUGGAACAGGAAGUCUCUGAGCUGCAGAAGAAAAGCACUGAGGUGGAGCAGCUCCUACAGUCUGAAGACCACCUCCACCUCCUCCAGAGCUUCACCUCCCUGAACGCUGCUCCACCCAACAAGGACUGGACACAAGUCCACGUCCAUCCGUCUUCAUAUGAGGGGACUGUGGUGAGAGCUGUGAAUCAGCUGGAGGAGAUGCUCAGAAAACAGAUGAAGAAUCUUCUCCCUGAGUCUGGUCUGAAGAUGGUCCAGCAGCAUGAAGUGGAUGUGACUCUUGAUCCUGAUACAGCACAUCCUAGACUCAUCCUGUCUGAUGAUGGAAAGCAAGUGCAUGACAGUAAUAUGAGGAAGAAUCUCUCAGACAAUCCAGAGAGAUUUUACUAUUAUUUUAAUGUCUUAGCAAAGCAGAGUUUCUCUUCAGGAAGAUUUUAUUUUGAGGUUCAGGUUAAAGGGAAGACUGCGUGGACUUUAGGAGUGGCCAGAGAGUCGGUCAACAGGAAGGGACCAAUCACACUGAGCCCUCAGGACGGUUACUGGGUGAUAUGGUUGAGAAAUGGAACUGAGUACAAAGCUCUUGCAAACCCUGAUGUCCUUCUGUCCCUGAAGUCUCCUCCUCAGAAGGUGGGGGUAUUUGUGGAUUAUGAGGAGGGUCUGGUCUCCUUUUAUGACGUUGAUGCUGAAUCUCUUAUCUACUCCUUUACUGGCUGCUCCUUCACUGAGAAACUCCUCCAUUCUUCAGUCCCCGUUAUAAUGAUGGUGGUAAAAACUCUGCCCCUCUGAUCAUCUCUCCUGUCGGUCACUGAGGAGAACAAAAUGUUCAGUUUAUAAAAUCACAGAAAAGAGGCCACAGAACAUCCAUGAGAAUCAUUUUUCUUUUCUACAGCAUCAAAUAAUGAUGACAGUUGACAUUUAGUCGACUUUAGUGGAGACAGCUUUCUCCAUUUUCACAUAAAUCUCACACAAAUUUCACAACUGAUUAAAAGUCAAUGAACAAGUAUCUCUUCAUGAGGAAAAACAAGAUACACUUAAAAUCUAAGGACGGGGAUUCAGAGAGUGGUUACAUUACAGAAUCAGCAACCUUGAUGGGUUAAAAAGGUUUUAAAGAUAUUAGAAGUUUUCUCAUAUCUUUCAUUGACAUUUUGUCACUUUUUUCAAUGUUCAAUUAUUUUACGUUUUUUUCAAAUGCUAUAAAAUUGAAAAAAAAUGAAUUAAAGUAGUGAACUGGUCAUUUAUUUACUUGUGAAUAACGUAGGGAACCAUCUAAGUUAUUAUUUUUGACAAUUUUGGUUGAAA